CGUUGCGUCUUCAAAUUCCAUCCACGUUGAGGCCGCGAUUUUAACUGCGAAGCGAACGACCUCAAAUUUCAUCCUCGAUUCUCGCGCCGCGAUCUUAUCUUAAAUGUGAAGUGAAGGUACGCGGCGCGCGGUGAACUCGCGAUAAUGGCGGUGGCGGCGGCGGACGGCAUCGCCGCACUCGUCGACUGGUCCGACCUUCUGCCGGUGAUCCUCGAGGACAUCUCCCAGCGCGUCCAUGGCGACGACCGCGCCGUGUUUGCCGCCGUCUGCAAGUCGUGGCGGCGCGCGGCGAGCGCGGCGGGCCCUCGCCUCAGCCGCCACUCCCUCCACCUUGUGGCGCUCUGCUCCGGCGCCAACGCCGUCGACUUCUCCUCCCGCCACGGCGACGUCGUCAAGACGGCGUACCUCGGCAGCGGCGGCGCGCGCCCCCACCGCAUCAUCGGCUGCUCCCACGGCUGGCUCGUCGUCGUGGACGAGGCGUGCCGCGCCUCCCUCCUCGAGCCCUUCACCGACGGCGCGCAGGUACCCCUGCCGCCCGUCACGUCGUUCGACUGCGAGUACUUCGUCACGGCCGUCGGUGGCGACGGCGACGGCGUCCCGGAAUACUUCGCGGUGGACAAUCACGCCUAUCACCACCAUCUCCAAGGCCAUCGCAAGAUCGAGUGGAAGCCUCCCAAAUUGGUGCCGGUCCAGUCGAUGCGCGAUGAGUUCUUCCAGAAGGCGGCCAUCGCCCCGGGGAGCCACCGGAAGGAGAGCUACGCCGCCGUGAUGGUAAGCCACAGCGGCGGCUCCGGGCUGGCAUUCGCGAGGUCCGGCGACGACCGCUGGACGUCGCUGCCCACCCAGGCAUUGACGCGGUACGCGGACGUCAUCUGGCACAACGGCGCGUUCUACACGCUCACCCGCGGCGACGGCGCCGUGGAGGCGUGGGAGCCGGACGGCCGCGCCCUGAAGCCACGGCUCGUGACGGGGCCGGUCAUGAGGUGGGAGUUCAAGCGGCUGGUGGAAUUCCACAGCGACACGUUCCACCAGCCGGCGUUCUACGAGGGCGCGAGGUACCUGGCCAAGCAGGCGGACGGCGGCGGGGGGCUACUGGUGGUGAGCACCGUGGCCAUCCUCGACGACAGCAACGCGCUGCGGGCGCGGCGGUUCAAGGUGUUCGACGUGGACGAGGACAAGGGCGAGUGGCGCUCCCGGGACGACGUCGGCGACGCCGCAGUGCUGGUGGGGAUCAACCACGGCGAGUGCGUGUCGACGCGGGAGUACCCGUGCCUGAAGCCCAACUGCGUGUACUACGUGGUCAAGUCGUUCGCGGCGGAUUUCGAGGAGGAGGAGAAGGGAUGCUCGCGGUACGAGAGCGGCGUGUGCGAUGUCAAGACGGGGGUGGCGUCCAGGAUGUCGGUGUUUCGGCGCGCCGCCGGCGGCCAUCCUGUUUGGUUUGUGCCCUCCGCUGUUUCUCGCAGGUGAAGUGAUGACAAAUUUGAAAACCGUGUACUUAAAUUUCAGAAAUUUCAAGGGAUUUUAGUUACCCAGAGAAA